CGCUCAACGGUCAGUUCCCCGGAUGAAGGUUCAGUGUGAAUAUGGCGCAGAGAGCACGAGCAGCGCGCUCGUGAGGGUUUCUGUGAGACUGAUACGCGCACUUAGCCCGCUUAAGCUAACUUUAUACUCAAGAAACUUCACCGACCAUAUGAAGUUUAUUUUUCAGCGAACACUCUUCUCACUACAGGUCUGAUGCUCUGCUGCAGCCAUGUUCAGCAAGAAAAAAAAGCAACGUGUCCAGAUCUCGGCACCCUCCAACUUUGAGCAUCGUGUCCACACUGAUUUUGAUGAGCAGGAGCAGAAGUUUGUGGGGCUUCCACGCCAAUGGCAGAGCCUCAUUGAGGACACGGCCAAGAGGCCCAAACCCUUCAUCGACGCCACAGUCAUCACUACUGUAGAGCCACGCAAGACAAUCGUGCGGGGUCGUAAGAUCGGUGACGAUGGCUCUCUCACGUGGCUCCUGGAUGAGUUUGAGACCAUGUCUGUGAUCCGCUCAAACUCCUUGCGGAGAGGCAGCCCACCACCACAGCCACGCAGAGACUCCGGAUCAUCAGGAGGGGGCCACGAGAACGGAGAACACCCCCAAUACAGACAUCCUGAUCGCUAUGGAGACAGCAAAGAGAGGGAGAAACCACGUCAGGAGCACCCAGGUGCUGACCCCAGACAGUCUCAGCGGCCAGCCCGCUCAUCCAGAGAGGACAGCCGACCUCACCAGCAACCUCGCGGUCAGGAGCCCAGCAGGCACAAAGAGCCCAACUGGUCAGGAGGGCCAGCCGCACCGCCCCAGCACAGAGAGCGAGACAGAGACCCACGUGAUUAUCAUGAUCAGGUAGUAAGGAGAGAGGGAAACAACGAUAAGAGGCCCAAAUCCAGCUACACUGGUAGGGACAGCAGCCCACAAUCGCCUCGAGAGAAGAGACCACUGUCUGGGCCAAAUAUCCGCACCCCUAACCUGCCUGUUACAGAGGGAGUAAUAAAGACCGCACAGCAGACUGGCCGACCUUUCAACACAUACCCACGUGCCGAAAGUGACUCUGGAAGAAGCCCCAGCGGCCAGGAUUUAAAACCAGCAAAAUCUCAUGAGCCUUCCCACCACAACGGCCCCUCUACUGGGGCAGUCCGGGGUGGCAGCAGCAGCAGUAAAACUUCUGCUCAGGGGCCGCACAGAGCAGAGCCCCAGCAUCACGCUUCCCAACCAGCCUUAGGCCCUGAGCCUCCUCACAACCAGCAGAUGCCCCCAGCACCAAAACCAUCAGGCCCAACUGCACCACCCCAGCAGACUCGCUCACCUCAGAGGGAGCCACAGCGGGUCUCCCACGAACAGUUCCGUGCUGCUUUACAGAUGGUGGUCGACCCCGGGGACCCACGCACUUAUCUGGACCACUACAUCAAGAUCGGGGAAGGUUCCACUGGCAUUGUUUGUAUCGCUACAGUGAAGACCACAGGCAAGCUGGUGGCUGUGAAGAAGAUGGAUCUGCGAAAACAGCAGCGACGAGAAUUGCUGUUUAAUGAGGUGGUGAUCAUGCGGGACUAUCACCAUGAGAACGUGGUGGAGAUGUACAACAGUUAUUUAGUGGGCGACGAACUCUGGGUUGUCAUGGAGUUCCUUGAGGGUGGAGCUUUGACUGACAUCGUCACACAUACCAGGAUGAAUGAGGAGCAGAUCGCCACUGUUUGUCUGUCAGUUCUGAAAGCACUCUCGGUCCUUCACUCCCAGGGAGUCAUUCACAGAGACAUUAAGAGUGAUUCUAUUCUUCUCACCCAUGAUGGCAGGGUGAAGCUGUCAGACUUUGGCUUUUGUGCCCAGGUCUCUAAAGAGGUGCAGCGCAGGAAGUCUCUCGUAGGAACGCCCUAUUGGAUGGCCCCCGAGCUCAUCUCAAGACUCCCAUAUGGACCAGAGGUGGAUAUUUGGUCACUUGGCAUUAUGGUGAUUGAAAUGGUGGAUGGAGAGCCGCCGUACUUCAAUGAGCCUCCUCUCAAGGCUAUGAAGAUGAUCCGAGACAAUUUGCCACCGAAGCUUAAAAACCUUCACAAGGUCUCACCACUUCUCAAGGGAUUCUUGGAUAGGAUGCUUGUGCGAGAUCCUGCCCAGAGGGCCACAGCUCAAGAGCUGCUAAAGCAUCCCUUCCUGAGUAAAGCAGGCCCUCCCUCUUGCAUUGUUCCCCUCAUGAGACAAAACCGCAUGAGAUGAGAAGAGAAAUCAGGGCGGGAUCUGUCAGGCCCUCUACUGAGCUCAAAGCAAAGACCCAGAUGCACACUUUAAACAUCUGAAAUGAUUGUACAGGUCAAGAAUUUUAGGAGAAAAGGCCAUUGAUGCUAUGAACCUUGAGAGGCCUUUUUGAAACAAACAUUUUUACCACUGUUUUUAUUACACUAAUAGAACACACCACAUUUGGUGACAUGAAAUAGACAUGGUUAGAUCCUUCAGUGUUCUGCUUGAAGAGGUUUUCCUCUCUGGCUAAUACAGAAACACCAGAACAUGUGGUUUUAUACUUGACCUCUAAGACUGCUUUUGGGUGAACCGAGUUAAGGAGGUUUAGACAUUAUGAAAACGAACCACUUGGAGAUAAUCUAAUCUUCCCUCAAUGUAAAGCAACAAUUUGAUGGAUUUGUUCCAAACCUCAAGCUUUUUUUUUCCUGCUCUUCAUCUUUUGCACCAGGACCACACUACUCAUUAAUCCAUCUAAACAGGAAAACAACUACUGAAGAAAACCUUUAAAAAAAAAAAAAAAAACGAAAAAAAAAAAAAAACUCUAGGCUCCUGUUACAACACUAAGCAAUGGUAAACACUGGAGGUGUUUUGUUUCGGACCGUUUUUAAUUUUGUUUUAAUGAACGUAGAGAGCUAUAUCGGUUUUGUUUUCCUAUUGUGUUUUGAGUGACAGUGUGAUAGUUUAAAACACUGUUCUGAGAUCGAGCUUCCUCCUUUUGAUCAAUUCUUCCACUUUUUUAAUAUAAUAAAGGGGGGGGGGGAGGGUUUGGUGUCAGGUUUUUUCCUCUUCCGAAACUUUCACCACUGCGCCACGCCACAUUAGCUGAAGCGAUCAAGUUGUUUUUUCAAUGUAGGGCAGUCUGCAGGAGAAUGUCCUUUCAUGUGAGCUUAAAUCCUCCUGCUAAGUAGCUUACAUCUUUGAAGUAUCGCAGCCUUUCUCUGAAAGAUGUGUUUUGUUGGAGAGAUGUUGGACUAUACAAAUGUAUAGCUGAGCGUUAUGUAUGCUCUACUUUAUGAGAGCUUGUUCAAAGGAAGUGGACCCUAUAGAUUGUGCUUGAUCCUUCACACUAAAGUAUAGGCCGUUUGUACUCAUUUACACUACUGCUCUUCAUUAUAAGAGCACUAUGACAUGUUCAAGGAUUUUAGAGAAGAGGAAUGGAACAACCAAAGAUGGUUUGAAAUACUGGAAGUUUAUAAUACCAGUUAGUCCAAACAUAUUCCAAGCACACUACAUCACAUCGCGUUAAAGGGAUAGUUCACCCAAAAAUAAAAAUUCUCAUUCGCAUUUAUGACCGGCAAUGUUGUUUUGGAGCCUGAAAUUUCUUUUUUCAAAAUAUCUUUUCAUGUUCCACAAAUGAAAGUAAGUCAUACAGGUUUGGAAUGACAUGACAGAAUUUUCAUUUUUGGGGUGAGCUAUCCCUUCAAGACUGUAUCUUUUUUGCUUAGUCACAAAGAUCCAGGACCAAAGUGGUUGAAAACACUGACGAAAAAAAACUGAAAGGUGUUUAAAAUUGUAGAUUUUGUCGUAUUGACUCAACAUGAACACAAGCUGAAUCACUAAAGAGAAUCGAGUGAAUGCACAUUUGUGUGAAGAUCAAGGUCACAGUUACAUUUGGUAAUUUACAAAUUGUUUGAAGAUGAAUUGUAGAGAUUAAUCUUAGACUGAAGCGGUAGCUAAUGUAUAUAUUUUGAGUUUUUCUAAAAAUCCUUUUCUUUUGCUGAUGGCCUAAACUGUAACACAGCAACCAUAACUCUAAUUGUAGAUGUGAAGGUAUGAGAAAAUUAAUGACUGUUAUUGACAGACAUAAUUAAUAUAAAAAUACUACUAGGAUUUUUUUUUUUUUUCCCACCAGUAAAAGUUUUUAAUGACAUUUCUUUACAUGCUGGGCUGUGUUACUUUUUCAGAAGGUGAAACAAAAUGAUGACAAUCAGGCAUUGGAGCAAAGUAUAUACACUAGCAUUUAAAUGUAUAUUCAGAGAUGAAUAAAUAAUGAAAUUAAGAGAGUAGGCUUAUGUUUAUCUGUGAAGUAUUGCAGUGCACUGAAGCAACAGAUGAGUUUAGCAUUCCUACAAACAGAAAAAAUGCCUUAAUGCAUUGAAUAUCUUUAAUGCAUAACUGAAAAUGAGCACAUUGUGUUUGGGCAGUGGACCAGCCACACAUUAAUUUGUGUUUAUAUAUGUAUUUUUUUGAUAAACCUGCAAAGUAAGAGGAUACCUCCUUUAACCACAAGCCUUAUUUGAUAGGAUUGUGUGAAUGGAAAAUGCUGUACUGUGAGCAAAAUGGCAUAAUGCGUUAUGAUUGAUUCAGUGGACUUGUUGAAUGGCUUCCAGAAAUGACUUCUCUAUUUUCUGAAUCAUUCCCAGGGAGUAUGAUCUCUUGUGUGGUAAGGUAAUCUGCUUUUUUUGUGUGUUACAUUUCCAAUUUUGUUCCUCAAUUGGUGCUCACAAACAAAUGCUCUAUGGAAGGGUACAUUGUAUUAUCACUUUGUCUCUAUCUCAGAUUGUCGCUGCAUUAAAACUAAUGGAUUGCCCAUAUUCUGCUGAUGACUUAUUUUAAGCCUAAUAGGUUUCUAAUUAAUCUUGCACUGCUUUUUUGAUUUUUGUUAUUUUUUUUCAACAUGUAGAUAGUUUUUAAGAAACAUUGUUUUGAAGGUGAAAUAGAAGCAUGAACUUUGUGUUCUCACUGGCAUUCUGACAUCAUCUUGAUGUUGCCCCACAUCUGACGGACUUUGGAGUUAGAAUCAUCUUCACCUUCAUCCUUUUGGAACUGCUACUGACAGGCCUGCAUUUCUGUGACAUGUAAAAUGGUUCAUAUUGGUUCUGUUGUUUUCUCUUUAUUGUCAUUUUUGGUGGUCAACCAAUGUCAAGAGUUUCCUUUAAAACGUGAAUUUUUACUGGUGGUAAAAUGAACUUUAAACUGAUUUUUUUCUUCUUCCAAAUACAGCUUUUAAACAACAA